AUGUCCUUCGCGAACGCAUGGAGACUCUGCGUUUUACCAGUGUUGUUGGCGGGGGUCCUGGCGCAGGGCUGCCGGGGUCCGCAUGUGCAGGUGGAUAUUAAUCAGGAUGCUCAGAUUGUGCUGAAUGAAAUGAAACAGACCCUGGUGGAACUCUCAGUGGGUCAGGCGGCCUCUGAGGCGCGACGAGCAACGUUUCAGCUCGACGACCUCUACACAGCUGAGAAGGGACCCCCCCUGACCCGGCGGUGCCUAGCUGAAAAGACAUCAUUGGAAGUCAGGACAUUGAACUUGUCCGAACUCACGGCGAGGGGACAGGCCCCGAACACGCUCCGUGUUGUCGACCAAGUGUUGCGUCAAUUCAGCAAGAUCUACAGUAUGAACCUGGACUCGGUCACAUGGCCCCGGAACAAGGUGGAGCAUCUCAGGCUUCUCCUGGAUGGGCAGAUCAGAGAGCUGGAAAACUGUGUGAGGAACACAGGCUCCGAGACCCGUCCACGGAGAAGCGCCGCGGUUCACAACUACUUCAGGAAACUCGGCAAGUUUCUUAAACGGAAGAGAUUCAGCGCUUGCGCCUGGGAAGUAACGCGCGCCGAGACCAGGGCGUGUUUACAACAAUUGCCUCUAGUAAUGACAAGAAUCAACGAGGCGAACUGAAGAUGUGACCAAUAUACAUUUAACCAGAUUUAUGUUAUUUAU